AGGAAGCCGAGAUGCAGUGGGUCUCCCUCCUGCUGCUGGCGGGGCUCUGCGCCCUCUCCCAGGCCCAGUACGACGAAGACCCCCAGUGGUGGUUCCACUACCUGCGGAGCCAGCAGUCCACCUACUACGACUCCUAUGAGCCCUACGACCCCUACCCCUACGGGGUGGAAGAGGGACCCGCCUACGCCUACGGUGCCCCGCCUCAGCCAGAGCCCCGCGACUGCCCCCAGGAGUGCGACUGCCCCCCCAACUUCCCCACGGCCAUGUACUGCGACAACCGCAACCUCAAGUACCUCCCCUUCGUGCCCUCGCGCAUGAAGUACGCCUACUUCCAGAACAACCAGAUCGCCGCCAUCCAGGACGGCGUCUUCGACAACGCCACGGGGCUGCUGUGGGUGGCCUUGCACGGCAACCAGAUCACCAGCGACAAGGUGGGCCGCAAGGUCUUCUCCAAGCUGCGGCACCUGGAGAGGCUCUACCUGGACCACAACAACCUGACACGCAUGCCCGGCCCCCUGCCCCGCUCCCUGCGGGAGCUCCACCUAGACCACAACCAGAUCUCGCGGGUCCCCAGCAACGCCCUGGAGGGGCUGGAGAACCUCACGGCCUUGUACCUCCAGCACAACGAGAUCCAGGAAGUGGGCAGUGCCCUGCGGGGCCUGCGCUCACUCAUCUUACUGGACCUGAGCUACAACCACCUGCGGCGGGUGCCCGACGGGCUGCCCUCGGCCCUGGAGCAGCUGUACCUGGAGCACAACGAUGUCUUCGCCGUCCCCGACAGCUACUUCCGAGGCUCCCCCAAGCUGCUGUACGUGCGGCUGUCCCACAACAGCCUCACCAACAACGGCCUGGCCUCCAACACCUUCAACUCCAGCAGCCUCCUCGAGCUCGACCUGUCCUACAACCAGCUGCAGAAGAUCCCCCCGGUCAACACCAACCUGGAGAACCUGUACCUGCAAGGCAACCGCAUCAAUGAAUUCUCCAUCAGCAGUUUCUGCAGCGUGGUGGACGUCAUGAACUUCUCCAAGCUGCAGGUGCUGCGCCUGGACGGGAACGCGAUCAACCGCAGCGCGGUGCCCGCGGACGCGCCCCUCUGCCUGCGCCUGGCCAGCCUCAUCGAGAUCUGAGAGCGGGGCCAGCCCUGGCGCUGGGCUGGGCGCCGGGGAGACCCGGGGUCCCACUGCAUUAGGCUUGAUGGUUUGGUUUGGCUUUUGCUGGUGAGAAGAGAUGGCUCCACCGGCUCCCUCCAAGGUCCCCUUCCCCGCAGGGUCCCGCGGGGUCAGGGCUCCUCUGCUUUCCGCCGGGGCGGACACCGGGAGGCAGUUUG